AUGGGGGCAGGUGCCGCCGGCUGCGCCAUGGACCGGCCGCGCCUGCUGCUGCUGCUGCUGGGGGUGUCCUUCGGAGGUGCCCAGGAGGCAUGCCUCACGGGCCUGUACACCCACAGCGGCGAGUGCUGCAAAGCCUGCAACCUCGGAGAGGGCGUGGCCCAGCCCUGUGGAGCCAACCAGACCGUGUGUGAGCCCUGCCUGGACAGCGUGACGUUCUCGGACGUGGUGAGCGCCACGGAGCCCUGUAAGCCGUGCACCGAGUGCGUGGGGCUGCAGAGCAUGUCGGCGCCCUGCGUGGAGGCGGACGACGCCGUAUGCCGCUGCGCCUACGGCUACUACCAGGACGAGAGCACGGGCCGCUGCGAGGCGUGCCGCGUGUGCGAGGCGGGCUGGGGCCUCGUGUUCUCCUGCCAGGACAAGCAGAACACCGUGUGCGAGGAGUGCCCCGACGGCACCUACUCCGACGAGGCCAACCACGUGGACCCGUGCCUGCCGUGCACCGUGUGCGAGGACACGGAGCGCCAGCUGCGCGAGUGCACGCGCUGGGCCGACGCCGAGUGCGAGGAGAUCCCUGGCCGCUGGACCACACGGGCCACGCCCCCAGAGGGCUCGGACAGCACGGCGCCCAGCACCCAGGAGCCCGAGGGACCUCCAGACCAAGACCUCGUGGCCAGCACAGUGGCCGAUGUGGUGACUACAGUGAUGGGCAGCUCCCAGCCGGUGGUGACCCGAGGCUCCAAUGACAACCUCAUCCCCGUCUACUGCUCCAUCCUGGCCGCUGUGGUUGUGGGCCUCGUGGCCUACAUCGCCUUCAAGAGGUGGAACAGCUGCAAGCAGAACAAGCAAGGAGCCAACAGCCGGCCCGUGAACCAGACACCCCCACCCGAGGGAGAAAAACUGCACAGCGACAGCGGCAUCUCUGUGGACAGCCAGAGCCUGCAUGACCAGCAGCCCCACACGCAGACGGCCGCGGGCCAGGCCCUCAAGGGGGACGGAGGCCUCUACAGCAGCCUGCCCCCGGCCAAGCGGGAGGAGGUGGAGAAGCUGCUCAAUGGCUCUGCGGGGGACACCUGGCGGCACCUGGCAGACGAGCUGGGCUACCAGCCUGAGCACAUAGACUCCUUCACCCACGAGGCCUGCCCUGUCCGCGCCCUGCUCGCCAGCUGGGCUGCCCAGGACAGCGCCACCCUCGACGCCCUCCUGGCUGCCCUGCGCCGCAUCCAGCGAGCCGACAUCGUGGAGAGCCUGUGCAGCGAGUCUACCGCCACGUCCCCCGUGUGAGCUGACCCGGGAGCCCCUGCCCUGGCCCACAUUCCGAUGACUGAUGCUCCAGCCAACCCCGGGGGCCAGCAUCAGAGCUGAGCUCCUCUGGGCAGGGCUGUGGAGCCCGGGCCCCUAAACCACAGCCCCGCCAUUGACCCCUUGUGGCCCCAUCGCUUCUGACCACACUCCCUCUGCAGCGCCAGCAGUGCCCCUGCUGCCCGCCCACC